CCCCGGGGCGUCCCUCAAGGCCCCACAGAAGGGUGGGGGUGGCGGGGCUGGGCCCCCGGGCCGGGGCAGCCUGGAGCACGGGCCAGGGCCGCCAGCCCCGAGUGUGCCCGCUGCCCCUGCCCUGCGCACGGUGGGCACCCGCUGGAGCAGCUCAGAGGCCGGGGCUCUCGGGCAAAGCUGCUGCAAGCGGGGCCAAGGUGCGGGCUGGAGUCCUGGUGUGGCUUCUGCACGUGCUGUUACUGCACGGUGAGCAUGGGACGGCGUGCGGAGCCCUGCGCUCACUGCGUGUGCCGACAGCCCGUGCACAGCUCUGGUGCCUGGCAGGUCCAGAGCGCAGCUCACAUGCUUCUCGGCCGGUUCCAUUUGCAUGCAGCUUGCAUUCCCUUUGUCCAGACAGCCAGAUGUUAUGCCAGACCUGUGAGAAGAAAGAGGAAAGACAUCCCCAGCCAUUUGGAUGAUCUUCCUCCCACAAUGUUGAAGAAAGAUUAUGCCAAUGUCCCAAUAAUAAAUAGCGUUGAUGAUGUAGUGAAAAGACUAUUGUCACUGGAAAUGGCAAGCCAGAAGGAGAAGAUGAAAAUAAAGACACAGCAGCUGGUGGAGAAGGUCAGGAGGUCUCCCAACGACAACGGCUCCUUUGAGGUGCAAGUUGCUAUGUUGACUGCCAAGAUACGCACUUACGAGGAACAUCUUCAGAGGCAUCCCAAGGAUAAAAAUAACCGUCGUCGCAUGCUGAUGGCUAUAGAUCGCCGGAAGAAACUCCUUUCAUAUCUUCGCCGUGUCCGCUAUGACACCUUUGAAAAUACCUGCAAGCAGCUGAAUAUCCAGUACACCCUACCCCCUCCCUACUGCAGGAGGAUCACCAAGCGCUGGGUUGUGAAGAAGGCUUUCUGCCGCAAGGUGUUUGAGGAGGUGCGGAAGCUGAAAGCACCAGAGAGACUGAAGCAGAGAAGAGAGUGGCAAGCAAGAGCGAGAGCUGCAAAGGAGAAGGAGGCGCAGCGCGAGGGGACGGCUGUGUAGCGACGCGUCAAGGCUGACACAGCCAGUCUCUAACAAUAAAUAACUACCUGAA